UACAGUUGACUUGGAAUCACCAUGUCGUCGUUUUGUUACGAAAGUGCCGUGAUAGUCUGCAUAUUAGGAAUACAUUUUUCUACGGCGGACAUCGAUCACGCAACUAAAACACUGAUAGUUGGUUCCAGUAACCAAUUAUCAGAGAAAGAAAUAUUCCGUUCGGAAUUGCCCAUUCCCAUCAAACUAAACUAUGGGAAUCAACAAAUUUAUAAAAAUGAUAGGCUCCCGAUUGUAGCAUUGGAAAAGCAAAGAGCUACAAACGAUAAUAAAUUGUCGACUGGAGGAAACGUAUUCAAGGAGGCAAUUUACAAAGAUUUUGAUGAGCAACCUACCGACUUCGCUCUGAAAAGGUUUUGGGGAAAGUGGAGGAGAAGGAGAACGUCUACAAGGCUCCCAACAACUGUAACCUCAGAUCCAGCAUCAACAGGGUCCCCGACAACAUCCACUACCAUACCGACAACAACAGGAUCCUCAACAACAUCCACUGCCAUACCGACAUCAACAGGGUCCCCGACAACAUCCACUGCCAUACCGACAACAACAGGAUCCCCAACAACAUCCACUGCCAUACCGACAUCAACAGAACCCGCAACAACAUCCACUGCCAUACCGACAUCAACAGGAUCCCCAACGACAUCCACUGCCAUACCGACAUCAACAGGAUCCCCAACAACGUCCCCCGCUAUCCCGACAUCUACAACAACGACACAGACUCCAAUUCCAACAUCGACGACAACGACAACAGAGUCAUCGACAACAUCCACAGCGAUUCCGCCCUCUACAACAACCACUACAGAGUCAUCGACAACAUCCACAGCAAUUCCAACAUCGACGACAACCACAACAGCGUCAUCGACAACAUCCACAGCAAUUCCGUCCUCUACAACAACCACUACAGAGUCAUCGACAACAUCCACAUCAAUUCCGACCUCUACAACAUCCACAACAGAGUCAUCGACAACAUCCACAGCAAUUCCAACAUCGACGACAACCACAACAGCGUCAUCGACAACAUCCACAGCAAUUCCGCCCUCUACAACAACCACAACAGAGUCAUCGACAACAUCCACAGCACUUCCCACAUCGACGACUACCACAACACAGUCCCCAACAACUUCAACUGCGAUUCCAACAACUACAACAACCACAACAGAGUCACCGACAACAUCCACAGCAGUUCCAACAUCUAAAACUACCACAACAGAGACACCGACAACAUCCACAGCAAUUCCAACAUCUACAACAACCACAACAGAGUCGUCGACAACAUCCACGGCUAUUCCGACCUCCACGACAACCACAACAGAGUCAUCGACAACAUCCACAGCAAUUCCAACAUCGACGACAACCACUACAGAGUCAUCGACAACAUCCACAGCAAUUCCCACAUCGACGACUACCACAACACAGUCCCCAACAACUUCAACUGCGAUUCUUACAACUACAACAACCACAACAGAGUCACCGAUAACAUCCACAGCAGUUCCAACAUCUACAACUACCACAACAGAGACACCGACAACAUCCACAGCAAUUCCAACAUCUAGAACGACCACAACAGAGUCAUCGACAACAUCCACGCCAAUUCCAACAUCGACGACAACCACAACAGCGUCAUCGACAACAUCCACAGCGAUUCCGCCCUCUACAACAACCACUACAGAGUCAUCGACAACAUCCACAGCAAUUCCAAUAUCGACGACUACCACAACACAGUCCCCAACAACUUCAACUGCGAUUCCAACAACUACAACAACCACAACAGAGUCAUCGACAACAUCCACAGCAAUUCCAACAUCGACGACAACCACAACAGCGUCAUCGACAACAUCCACAGCAAUUCCCUCCUCUACAACAACCACUACAGAGUCAUCGACAACAUCCACAGCAAUUCCGACCUCUACAACAACCACAACAGAGUCAUCGACAACAUCCACAGCAAUUCCAUCGUCGACAACACCUACAACCCUGUCUCCAACAACAUCAACAGCAAUUCCAACUUCUACAACACCCACAACUUAGGGUCCGACAUCAGCCACAAUGGAAAUAACAGUAGAGUAUUUUUAAAUACAAAAUCAAAAAAGAACCAAU